AGCGCCAGCGCAGCCACAGGUUUUGCUGGGCAGCGCGCUGUACGCGUCAAGCAGACCGCCCCUGGGGCGGUGGCCGUCCCCAAGAGGAGCGCCAUCAAGAACAAGAGGAAUGAAAAGACUAUGGGCGCCGCCGCCUGCGCGCUCAAGGCCCUCCCCGCACAUGUGUUGCUUGACGUGGCCGCCUACGGCGGGCGCCUGAGCUGGGCGGCGCGCGACGUCGCAGGCGCCGGCGCAGGCCAAGGGCUGAAGACCCUGGUGGCGGGGCGGCGCAUGGCGCGGACGCAGCUGCGCGCGCCGUUGGCGCCGCUGCUCAGGAGGAGGACCUGCGCAAGGUGA